AGAACUGAGAAAAGUGGGGCUAGGCUUGUUUUUGAGGAAGUGUUGGAUUAUAAAAGGAGGUGACUCCCUUCAUUCUGCCUCACAUCAACCAGCUCUCAGCUGCCUCUGCUCUUCAUCUUGAUUAGAGCGUCAACUCCUCCUCAGACUCCCAACAAUUCUCCUCCGGCAUGGCAGCGCUGUGGAUCCAGUCCUUCUCCCUGUUGGUCUUACUGGUUGUAUCGUGGCCAGGCUCCCAGGCUGUCGCCCCUCCGCAGCACCUGUGCGGCUCUCACCUAGUUGACGCUCUCUACCUGGUCUGUGGGGACAGAGGCUUCUUCUAUGACCCCAAGAGGGAUGUGGACCAUCUCCUGGGUUUCCUCCCUCCAAAGACAGGCACAGGGUCGAUUCACGGCGGUGAGAAUGAGGUGGCUGAGCUGGCUUUUAAGGACCAGAUGGAGAUGAUGGUUAAGAGAGGCAUAGUCGAGCAGUGCUGCCACAGGCCCUGCAACAUCUUUGACCUGCAGAACUACUGCAACUAAGUAGCGUGCUGACAGUCCAAGUCUAACCAGCGACUGAGUGCAGCUUGGUUUGUUGGCUAACUUAUAAAAUCCCACCCCAACUCCACCCUCUCCUCUGAAGAGCAGCAGUGCGGAUCUUUUCCAGAGAACCAACUGCAGUCAAUGAUAUGCUGAGAGAUGGAUUAUUUUUGCAAGAAAAUAAAGUUUUAUGAAUUGAGA